UGCAGUUUAUUAGAGAAUUAAACUACAAUUUCAGAGACGUAUGCCACUAAAAAAUCUGAUUAAAAUUGGAAAAGUUAUGGACUUAAAAGUAUUCUACAAAAUAGUGAUAAGCGUGGGACAAAAAUUUUACCAACCGCAGACCAGCUGUUAGUCGCAUUCGGAAUAAGCUUGGAUCAUGAGUUCCCUCGCAGUUGCUGCCCUUUUUUGUGGCAUAUUUUGCGUAAUUUGUUCAUCAUUGUCUGAAUCUCCUGUUUUGACCCAAAAAGAAAGCUUGGUCUACGAGCAACUUCAGCAGCGGAAUUGUGGAUCAUCUGUUUCAAGUUUGAAUCAUAAUUUUAAUGGUUCCGGCAGAAGGGCUUUACUGAUGUCUCAACCUUGGAUUGCCCUUAUUUAUGCAAAACAUGAUAUAAAUAGUUGUCGCUGUGGAGGAGCCCUUAUCUCAGAAAGCUUUGUUUUAACUUCAGCACACUGCCUGGCAUUUUGCCCCUCAUCUAGAGAAUUUAUCGUUCGACUGGGAGAGCACAACAUAGAAUCCCAAGAAGACUGCAUUUCAAAUGAUCAACAAACCAUUUGUGCACCACCAGUGGAAGACUUUAUUGUAAGCAAAUCGAUUUUUCAUGAUAACUUUUUAUACUCCCGGCUGAGAAAUGAUAUUGCCCUGCUAAGAUUAAGCCGGAAAGUGGUUUUCAAAGAUCACAUUCGACCCAUUUGCCUGCCUCUUACGAACAAUCUCCAGUCGCUUACCUCGGAAAUAGGGCAGUCUUAUAUAUCGUUCAGAUGGAAAAGAGCAGGUGAAUUAUUUCAAACUCUGAUAGAGGAAAAGGUGAAAACGGAGCCGUGCCCCGUAGACACUCACGAAUCCUUUCUCUGCACCAUCGAAGACACCGCUUGCCAGGAAAACUCGGGUGGGCCCCUUACCCACUUGAGUAAUUAUUUUGGACUGUCCCGCCAUGUGAUUUUUGGACUGGCAAGCCAUGGAAAGGAUCCUUGUGGGCCAAGUCAGAGGGCCUACUACACCGACGUGUCCUUGUUUAUGCCAUGGGUUCUUAAGACCCUCGCAAAGUUUGCUACUUUGUGAAAAUAAUGUUUAAAGAAGAAAAAUUUAACAACCUUAAUUUAAAUUUAAAAAAAAUUCACCAUUAUUUUAUGAAUCUG